CAAAAAUCAUAAAUCGUAAAAGAGGUUUGAAGAAAAUAAAAGCACCAUUGUGAGAAGAACGCCAUCGUGGGGUUUGAGAUAAGAUGUAACCUCCUUUCAUUUUUGUGUUUUUCCUGUUUAAGUUGCUUAGUUUGCUAGUUUAUUUUGUUAGUAAAAUUCGAACAAAUUUUUCUUCUCCCCCUUUUUAAGAUGUUGUUUUUUUGUCACUUUGCUCUUCUGCUGAACUGUAGCAGCGUCUCCGACUGUCCACUCUAGGGCAGCUUUUAACAGCUUAAAAAGCAGAUCAAUACCACUAUUGCGAUAAGUCCCCUAUCUUGUAGGUAAAUCGUUUUCACCGAUGAACGAUACAGCAAGGGGUGAAAGGAUUUUAAACAUGUAAAAUAAAAACCGCCGGCAAGUGAUGAGAGGGGAGACAGGACCUGUCUCGAAACGCUUGACUGUUGCCCGGGCAACGCUGUCAACAUAAAGCCAAGUCGCAACGGCCCACCUGGAGUGACAGGACACAGGAAUUCAUUACUGGAGUCCGCAAAACAGGACUUCCACAGCUCUCCUUGAGCUGCAAUUUCAGAAUUGGAAAAUGUGACCUAUCUUUAUGGUGCAUGUCUUCCUUCCAGUCCUUUCUCAGGAAGUGCUGAGCAGAGUGUAGCUACGAUUUGCUUGUGGACCACCAUCUCUCCCACAUUCAUCUUGGAGCUCCAUUCAUGCCAGACACAAUGGACCCUGUACUGUUUUCUAAGCCUCCUGUGACUACUCCUGGCCUGAAGCAUCUGAGACAAGAGCGCCUGUACUUGCAGUUCCUGCACAGAAUUUCCUCAGGCCUGACUUUCACCCAGGAUGUGGUAAAGGAGAGAGGUCCUGACACCCUCUCAUAUAGCCAAAUGGACUUCAGCCGGCUCUUCGAUGCUUCAGGACUCUUAACAACAACUGCAAAGCUUAAGAAUCACACCUCACACAAGAGGGCCACUCCCAGACAGCUCCCUGUCUGUUCUUCAGGAUGUGCAGAGGAAUUAAGUAAGAGUUCACUUACAGGGCCAAAAAAUACAUACACCAUUAGCACUCUGCCACCUGAGUUGCCCUCCUUGUUUCCCACAGAGCUGCCUCCUUCUCUGCACAGUGUGUCUGAACUGAGCACAGUUCAGAGGACAGAUUCAUGCUUGCUUCAGUCUAACCAAAGUGAAGCCCUCAAUGUCUCUAAGAAGGUGAAAGGAAAGAGGAAGGCAAAUGUUUCUGGUUCACUCAAAAAAACAGUUUCUGAUGAUUGCAUCAGCAGCAGCAGCAAGUGGGAUGAGUUUGUGUUGAAGAAGCUGACAAAGACCACUGCACAGUGGAUAGUGAGCCAGCAGAUGCCAGGUCAGAGUGCGAACAAAGCCCGGCUCCAGGACCUGCUCAAACAGCACUAUGGGUCUGCCAGUGCCACGGAUCUAGUGUGUGAUGAGCCCAUGAACAUGGAGGAUUUCCGCAGGUACCAUGAUCUCCCCAAGGAGGAGCCAAAGGAGCAAAUUGUGGACGGCACCCAUCCAGAAACACCUCUUCCACUGUACUACAGAGUGCCUGGGUUCUGCCUGCUCCCCACCCGACCUGAUGAGCCAGGAGGAAAUAAUUGGACUGCAGACAAUGUCAAGGUUAGGCAUCUGGAGCCCCCACAGCCACCGCGUCUCCAGGAUAGACUGAAUCCCCGGGCAGGAAGAUAUGUCUACCACACUGACAACUCAUUUGAACAGGAGCUCUAUUCUGAGAUCUCCAGGCAAGUACACCAACAUGAUGGAAGACAGAGGGAUAGGAUAAUAAUGGACAACAACUCGGAAUACCAGAAACACCUCCAGGACCGUUUUCCCCGUGGUCCUGAGGAAUGGAGUAAAAUCGGGGCAGGAAUCCGCCCCCCAAAAAGAACAGCAAUUCUGAAGCCUGAGAAAGGGGCCAGGCGAUGGGUUAGCCUGCCCAGCCCGGCUGACUAUGCCAUGGAGAGAGGACUGCAGCCCCCCGACUACAGCGGUCAGGACACUAUCCUGCCUGGCACGCUUAGAAAGCAGCCCCAGAGCUGCCCCCCACAAGAGCGCCACGCACUGCGGUACAUGGUGGAGGAGUGGAGGAAGGCCUGGAAACUCAUGACCCGAUGGCAGAAUGUGACGAUUGAAGGGCUCAAGAGGAACCUCAGUGACCUUCACUAUCACGUGCGCAUCAUUGCCAUAGCAACUUGUGCCUCUGGAGCUGUGAACAGGCCCAGUAUGGGUCAGGAAUCGACUGCAACAGCUCCAUUUUGGAGGCCCAGGGAUGUUCAGGUUGUGCCAGAAGAGCUGCAGCCUCUCCUGCUGUCAGCCCUAGAGGACCCCAGUGACAGAGUGCGUCUGGCAGCUGCCCUGUGCCAGUAUGUCAUGGGAACAGCUAACAGGCAGGCUAGGAACAUUCUUCAUAGUGUGCUUCAGCAAGAUUUGGCAGGUGUGGGCGCAGACAGCUGGGCUGCCGCUCAGUGCCUGGCACUGGAGGGAGACACCAGCAUAGCUGUCAUACAGAGGCUCCUCUCUCAGCUGUACGAAGGCGAAGCACAUAGUGACAGAGAACAAGCCACUGUCCUGCUGGCCAGCCUCAGCAAGAGCACUACUUUAGUGCGCUCCCUGCUGGCUGAGAAGCUGAACAGUGGAAACUGGAGAGACAGAGCCGUGUCCUGUAACACCAUCGCAGGUCUCAGUGGGCCCAUCAAUAAGGACAUAGCUAACAAGCUAGUAUUCCUGAUGUGGAAUGAUUGGAACAGGAACGUGCGCCUGGCUGCUGCUCGGGCACUAGGAAAGAUGGAGCUGGGCAAGGAAGUGCACAAUGAACUCAGGAAAAAGCUGGAAGAAGCCCCCCCCAGCUGGCGUGUAGAGGCGCUGUCUCUCCUGGCUCAGCUGGAAAUCAUGACAGCUAAGCUGCUACCAGCAUUCCUGUGCUGCCUCAGCGAUGACUAUGCAGCUGUGCGCAAACAGGCUUGUCAGACUGCUGCUGCGCUCGGUAUAAAGGAUGAAAUGGUUUUAAAUCAUCUGAUUCAUUUGAUGCAGACUGACCCACUGUGGGAAGUUAGAGUCAGAGCCAUUUCUGCCCUGGGUAAGAUUGGCUGUCUGACACCUGCUGUCCAGGAGCACCUCCUCUGGGCACUACACCAUGAGGAGGAGCCCAGGGUUCGUAUCGCCACAUGUGAUGCCAUCAAAGCCCUGUGUGUAAGUGGGCCUGAGCUACAGCACUUCUUGCAGGAACGCCUUAUCCUUGAGGCCAACCCAGAGGUACAGAGGAAAAUUGCUGAUGUCCUAAGAACAUAUGGCUGUAGUCUGAAUAAUGACAAGGAUACAAUCUGUAAAAUCAAGGAACAGGUAGACAAACUGUGCACAAAAGGUGUCAUCACUCAGAAGGUUCUCAUGCUGGAGGAGCUGGAGGAAACACACAUGCAGCAGAAACGACACCUUGACCUGGCCAGCGAUCCAGGCAGACAGUUCACACACACAGAUAUGGCUCGGUUGCUGGAGGACUCGUACACAGAACAUCAUAACCCACAGCCCACUACCCUGCCACCUGAUUCAAGGCAGUCUACUGAUGAGACCAAAACCCAGUCCUUUUCAGAUACCUUCCGGUCUUCAAGCCCAGCUACAGGAGAUUCUAUUACUACACCACAGGGACACCUCUCCAUUGAAUUCCAUGUCUAAUUACACAAACAAAGAGGAUCAACUUCUCCUUCAGAAUUUGCUUAGACAGCUCUUCCACAUCUGAUACCAAAGACAGAAGCCGAGUGAGAGCAUUAUCCUGUGGGGGAGAAAAAAAGGAUUCCUACUUAUAUCAACAUUCAGUGACAAACAUUGUUAAGGCUCUACCUAAAUUGUUGUAUAAAUAUACUCUACUGGAAGCAAA